GCCAUGGCGGAGCCGCUGUGGCGAACGCCGCCGGCGCGGCUGGCCCCGCCGCACGUCUAUCGCAUGGCGGGAGCGCUGGGCGCCGAGCUGCGCCGCCUCUCCGCCCGCUUCGGGCCCGACGCCGUGGCCGGGCUGGUGCCGCCCGUGGUGCGGCUGCUGGAGCUGCUCGAGGCGCUGGUGGCCCCGCCGGGCGCUGAGGGGGAGGCGGCGGCAGCGCCGGCCGGGCCGCAGGAGGCGGAGGACCCGGAGCAGAGGCUGUGGGAGGCCGAGCGCCGGGAGCGAGCCCUGCACGGCCGCCUGGCCUGCCUGGAGGAGCAGAACCGCCAGCUCCUGGGGCAGCUUGCCGAGAGCCAGUCCCAGGAAGACAGCACGGCACGGAAGGAGCGGGAGGUGAUGCUGCGGCUGAAGGAGGUGGUGGACAGACAGAGGGACGAGCUCCGUGCCCAGGCCCACGAGAUCGUCUGCAAGAGCCGGGACACGGAGGCGCUGCAGGAACAGCUCCAUCGCUUCAUGGCCAUGAACGAGGAGCUGCGGCACAAGGUGGCCGUGGUGCAGGCCCAGCUCAAGAGUGCUCUGGAGCAGAAGUCAGACCUGGAGGCUGCGAUGCUGCAAAGCCAGAGGGAAACAAGCAGGAGGAGCAGGACAGCCUUGGAGAGCCGGCAGCCAGAGCCUGGCAUGGAGGGAGCCCUGUCACCCUCAGAGGAGCCGCAGCACCUGGAUGAGGGCAGGAGCCCUGCUCACUGCUGCUUCUCCAAGGAAGAGCUGCAGCAGAUCCUGCAAGAGAGGAAUGAGCUCAAGACCAACCUGUUUUUGGUGCAGGAGGAGCUGGCCUAUUACCAGAGGGAGCUGCUGAACGAGGAGAGAAUUCCCAGCUUCUUCCUGGAUGCAAUGAAGUCAAAUAUCAAAAAGCAGAGGAAAAAAAUCAGAGCCAAAAUGCUGGGAACGACGGAGGAGUCGGCAAGCAGUGAUGAAGAGGAGGGCUCCUGGCUCCCAGGUCAUGGCACAGACUGUGUGGAUGCUCAGCCUCCAGAAUCCAAAAUCAGGAGCUUUUUUGGGCUGUGGUAUCAGGGCAGCAGCAAAGACCCCUCCACAUCCCGCUGCUCUGGAACCUGGGAAAUCAUUGACUCACUGGACACACAGCUGGAGCCAGAGGGAGAGAGCAAGGCAGGGCCCAGCUGCCCUGACAGAGCCACAGCACCACUCUGACCCCACGGGAGCAGGAUCUGUCCUCGCAGCAGACCUUCCUGGAUCCUCUUCUUCCUGUGGAUUCAAGAGCAGCACAGCAGCCCUGGCACUUCCCUGUGCCGUGGUGGUGGCAAAGCUCCAGCUUGGGCAGGUUCCUGCAAACCCACUGGGACACCUGGAUGUGGGCUGCCAGCCUGGCAUGGGACAGCUCAGCACCUCUGGGCAUCUCUGCCCACCAGCCACCCUUUCACUGUGCCCACAGUUUAGCUACAGAGGGGCCCUCUCAGCUGUGCCCCCUCCCCACUGCUCCCUGCUUGCAGCUCAGCAUGGUGGGGGUCUGCACCCUCUUCAUUCUCCACACCCCAAAAGGGAUCUUUCAUCCCCUGGUGGCUCUUUGCAAAGCCCUCUGCUCACAGCCCACCAUUCCAUUGCCCCAUCCUGCUCUGUGGGUGUUUUACCUCACUCCUUUCUCCCCAAUCCCUGCAAUGUGAAGGUCCAGUUGGUGUGUCCUGGGGUCCCCACAUGGCUGGGAGGGGCUGAGCACACUGCACUGGGUGUCCAGGUGCUCCCGUGGCUGGGAGCCACCAGGAUCAGCACCACCAGGGCCACUCCUGCACUUCUCAGGCAUGGGGUGAAUCAGUUUUAUACUGGCACCUCUUCCUGCCACCUCUGGGACCUGGCAGACUGGAACAAUCCUUGUGUUCAUGGGGGCGAGUCAGUCCCCUCAGGUCAGGUACUUUCUACCUUUAAUUUGGAAAUAAAUCAGUCUCUUGUUUUUCCUCUGA